GCGGGAGGCGCGCGAGGUGGCAGCGGCGGCCCAGGAGCCCAGGUAAGCGGCGCGCGGGCAACCCUUGCUGCCCCGCCCGCUCCGCGCCCGCCACCCUCCCCUCCGUUCGGGAUCCGUUUCCCCUCUCCGGAGCCCCGGCUGCGGCGAGCACGCAGGAUAUAUUUUUACCAUCAUGGAUCGGUUUGGAGAUAUAUCAGAAGGUGAAGUGGACCAUUCUUUCUUUGACAGUGAUUUUGAAGAAGCAAAGAAAUGUGAAAGUAACUCAGUUUUUGACAUGCAAAAUGAUGACCCUAAAGAGAGAAUAGAUAAAGAUACAGAAAAUGUAAACUUGAAAUUUGGAAUACAAAGAAAAGAAAAUGAAAUAAAAAAGAAAAUUCCUCCAGAAGAAUACCCCGUAGAAAAUGAUAAUACGCGAACCAGAAAUUCUUUAUCAUUGACCACUUCAAGGUCAAAAAAAUUGUGGGAUGCUACAACAGGGCAUAAAAUGCACUUGCCCAUGCCAAGUAGAAUUCCCAAAAUUGUAAAAGAAGGUGAAGAUGAUUAUUAUACAGAUGGAGAGGAAAGCAGUGAUGAUGGGAAAACGCAGCAUGUCAGGUCCAAGACAGCUAAACCACCAAAUAACCUUAAAAAAAACAUAAGUAAAAAGUAUUCCAAAAGUAAUUCCUCUUCCUCUUCUUCCUCAUUGUCCUCCUCAUCUUCAAGUUCAGGUACAGAUUGUUCAGAUACAGGGUCUGAUAAAUGUAUUUCUGAUUCAUCUCCAUCAUUAAAGAAACGACUGUCUGGUGUAACCCACUUGUCACCAAAACAGAAAUAUAAAUCAGGAAUAAAAUCAGCAAGAACACGGCCUUCAAGUACUAAACUAAAAGUCAGUGACUGCACUGAGGAAUCUGAAGAUACUGUGACAGAUGUCACUCCUCUCUCAACUCCAGACAUCAGCCCUAUUCAGUCUUUUGAACUGGGAGCAUCAAAUGAUCAAAAAGUAAAAAUUAAAAGGCAAGAAAACGUGAGUCAAGAAGUAUAUGGAAAUGUUGAGGAUUUAAAAAAUAAUUCAAAAUGUUUGAAAUCCACCAGAAAGGGAAAAGAAAAAACUGGACCUGAUCUCACUCCAAAAUCUUCAGUGUUAGAUUCCAGUUUAGACCACAGAUAUAAACAAAAAGUCGUACAUGACACAAUGGACCUUAAUCAUCUUUUGAAAGCUUUUCUGCAAUUAGAUAAAAAAGGACCACAGAGACACCACUUUGAUCAGCCUUCAGUAGCACCAAGGAAAAACUACUCUUUCACAAGAGAGGAGGUGAGACAAAUUGAUAGGGAAAAUCAGAGGCUUUUGAAAGAACUCUCAAGACAGGCUGAAAAGUCAGGAAGCAGAAGUACAAUACCUAGAAGAUCGAUUGUUCAUCCCCCUAAGUUAUAUCACAGUGCCCUCAACAGGCAGAGGGAACAGCAAAGGAUUGAAAGAGAAAAUUUGGCUUUAUUGAAAAGGCUUGAAUCUGUGAAACCAACAGUUGGUAUGAAACGCUCUGAACAACUGAUGGACUACCAUCGCAAUAUGGGUUAUCUCAGCUCAUCUCCAUCCUCCAGACGAGUGAGAUCAACUCUUGGCCAGUAUACCCCACUAAGAGGAGCUUCUAGAACAUCCAGUGCCACCAGUGGUCUCAGUUGUAAGAGCGAGCGACCAGUUUUUGACACAUCCAGUGGCCUGCUACUAAGACCUAAACCCCCUAAUGUUCGUACAGCUUGGUUAUAAAAACUCUUUUACUUCAAACAUUGUUCAUCCAGGUCUUAUUGAAGUGCUCUUGUAUAUUACUAUAAUUCUCUGUAUAAACAUCUGUAAUUUAAGGUUUUUAACAGUGAGUUCCAAUUUUAUUGUAAUUCAGUGCAAAAUUUCUUCAAAAAGACAGUUUAAUGUAAAAUCAGUGUUUCCUAUGAGGAUGUAUUUCUAUGAGGUGUGUAUGUAUUUGAUAGAGAAAUGGUAGAUGCAUGCAUGUUUUCUCAACAUAGAAAUUGAUUCAGAUCUUACAGUGACAAAAGAGUUGUGAUAAUAUCACUGUAUGUUGGACCAAGAUGUUAACUACAUUGUUGUUCUUUCAUGUGUUUUUAAAAUUUUUUAUGACUUUUAAACCAUGAACAUAGCUCCUAAAUAUAACUUUGUUUUCAAAAUCUUUGUUCCAGAAUUUAGGUGGUAUAACUCAUAAUUUGAUUGUAAGAUUUGAUUGUAUAUUUAUUAUGAAACAAACUUGCAAUUUGUUUUCAUUGGUGGAGCGGAUUCAGAUUUGGUGAGCACAUUGUGAGAAGCUUGUACUAGGGUGGUCCUUGUGAUUCACCAAAGGCAUCUACUACCUCUGUGUAAGUAAGUAUGCUGAGUUAGAUCUUAAAAAUGUGAGCAACCAUUCCAAACCAUUUCCAGCUGUGAGUAUUAUUAGGAAGUUCAUCUUGGAAGCUCCUCUUCCACAUUCAGGUAAAGUACCACUAAUGAUGCUAAGAAAUGAGGUAGACUUUAGAGCUACAGUCCACUACAUUGUGAAUAGGUUGUCCAAGGACCGGAUCACCACAAGCAAAAGCAGGUAUGUGUCGAGCACGGAAGCACCACCAGUUUGAAAAGCCAAGAAGCAGAUCCUGAGUUGUGUCAGAACAGUGUUUUAAGGGAUACUGUUACAAGUUGUGUUACGUUUAGUAUUUACUGUAUUCAGAGAGGAGGUAAAUAAGAAAUGCAUGGUCUUGAAGCUUUAGAAAUUCCAGCUACUAUAUUUAAGGACUGAGAAAGCAAGUUAAAAUAUGAAUGGUAGAGGAGAAAUACCCUACAUUUCACUUUGUUGAGGCUACUUAAAAUGUCAGCUAAUUUUCUUGUUUGGUCAAGACUUUAGAGUUGAAUCCUGGCAGAACUGUUUUUGCCAGUCCCACUUUGCACUUCCUGGUGAUCUUAAUUGAAUGACUGAUGGCAAAUAGGGUGUCAUAUAGUUGACUCUUGAAAUCAGAAUAUUUCUCUGUCCAUCUGUGGACUGUCAUGUCAUACAGCUGAGUACAUCUUGGUCACCGCCGCUUCUGCUGUUGUAGCCAUCACUGUGUCAUUAUCACUUUGUCUUUACUGGCCUUUUCAGUAUACCUUUAGAAUGUACAGGGAACUUUCCAUAUUAAAUGCCAAAUCUUUCUUUUUUUAAUGUGAA